UGGACAAAUCCUUCAAUAUUUAGCUUACUGCUUUGCCGCCGUAAAAUACCCCGUCAACUCAAGUCUUCAGAGUUACACAAGUGAAGCCACAGUUUGUCAAUCAUGACUGGUGAAACCAGGAUUCGUCAGUUGUGAGAGUCAUCCAAAUGACACCUGCCUCUUUCAUCUCACAGAUCAACAUGCAAGGUUCCAGCUCCUGAUGGAUUUUGGUCCAGCCCAGAAACUUCGCGGACCUUCUAAGCUCGAUUGACUUGUCACGGAAGGUGUCAAUCAUAAGAGAGGGCCACGACGCUGUAAAUCGUCUCUCAACUGGAUCUCCUUUACUUGCCUUUCAGCCCUGUUCUCUGAUUCAAAGACGGUUCUGGAGCGAUCUCCCCAAGAUACUCGCCAAAGCCUAUUUCACAAUAUGAAGGUGACCGUUUUGUUGACCGCUCUCGCGGCCUAUGUUGUUGCGUUACCUACGGUUCCUCGAUCAGGUCAUGCCCAGACAAACGCCGAUGAGUCUUACCUUCCAAUGAAGGCACGGGCUGAGACAAGCGCAGACGAGUCUUACUUGCCGAUGAAGAGGGCCGAGACGAGUGCCGACGAAUCAUACCUGCCGAUGAGGCGGGCGGAGACGAACGCAGACGAGUCUUAUCUUCCUAUGAAGCGUGCCGAAACCAGCGCAGAUGAGUCUUACGACCCCAUGAAGCGCGCAGAAACCAGCGCAGACGAGUCCUACCUUCCCAUGAAGAGGGCCGAGACAAGCGCCGACGAGUCCUAUGAUCCGAUGAAGCGCGCUGAAACUACCGCCGAUGAGUCCUAUCUUCCUAUGUAGGUAGUAGACUUACGUUAAGCUGGGUCCUGGAGGAAUUCAAGUUUUACACUCUCAAAAGAAUCUGAGCCAAGAGGAUUUGGCUUAGGGGCAAUGGAAUUCGACAUCACGAACUAGGACUUGAAAGCGACAUCAAAUUGUUGAAGGUGCUGCGGAAUAUACUCUAUGUUGUCUUGAAACGUUGGAUCGACACGACAAGUCAACAGAAUAUAACCAAGAUCAGAAUUUAUUAACUUGGGUCAUAUUCAAUUAACCCUACCUAGAAUGUCACGCCAGUAUCAU